AUGUUUGCUAUAUUUUUGACUUUGGUGGCUGGUGCUACAUAUGAGGUAACGUCAUUGUUGCAAACCUUCACUCUCAGCGGUUCUUUGAUGGGCACAAGUACUUUGCAAUCAAAUUCUGGACCUGCAAUUUAUUACUUGUUGACUUGUAGGGCUACAUCUUAUGCACUAACUGCAUAUGAUUCUGGUGGUGCUUCAUAUACAAUACCAGUUGACACCCAAUCGAAUAAUGCAUAUUAUGUUCCUUAUCCAAGGUCAAGAUUAGAGUGUCGUGUUCCUAUAUUAAAUCAAGAUACUAUUAUUGCCAUUUGUGGACUUACUGGUUGUGAAAAUGGACUUCACUUUCUCGAAAGAUCGCCUAUUAUUGUCGACUUUCAGAAGUCAAUUCCACCAUCGAUUAUGCCAAUUUAUCCAAAUCACAAAAGAUGCAUUGCAAUUUUCAAUACAAACCUGAAUUUAGCUUUUUUAAAUAAUCUUCCAGAAGGAAGUAGCUCUUCUUUAUUAAUUGAAAAUGCCAGAACAUGGACAACUAUGGAAAAAGGGCAAAUUUAUACUAGUAAAACGCAAUUCCAAGUUUUGCUGGUUAAAUUAGAUUUGGGUGAUUUUUCUGGUGUCCCAGACUAUCAAAUCAAUUUUACAUCACGAGAACAAGCCAUUCAGAUUUACGAUAGAUCCUUUUAUGAAAUACCAUUUCCAACCCCAGCUGUAACACCAGUUGACACCCCUUUCAUAACUAUGUACGAAACUCCUUAUGAAACAAACUCUAUUACUCCAAUAGAAACACCAUAUACUACUGUUUAUCAAACAUACGCCACAACUCCUUUAAUAACCCCACACACUACACCAUAUAUUACUCAAAAAACUACUCCAUAUGAAACAGUCGAAAAAACACCAUUCACAACAUUUUAUAAAACACCUUUUUCGACAGUAGAGAAGACUCCAUUUUCAACAGCAUACACGACACCAAUAAUAACGCCUCGCCCUUCCAAUGGAGGAACACCAGCGCCAUCAGACUUCCCAACACCCUUUUCAACAGCUCAUAAAACAGCUUUUGAAACUCCAUAUUCAACAGUAAAAACAACUCCUUCUGAAACAGAUAUACCAGCGACACCUGCAGAAUCUCCAUCAACAUAUAUAAAGACACCAAGAUGGACAGCUUUUCCAUCUGCAACACCUUAUGAAGAUGAGUAUGACCAACCAGGAUAUGAUCCAAAUCCAAUCAUUGUAGAAAUAAAAGAAACUCAUCCACCAAUUCAGACCGAGUUUGUUAAGACUGAGGUUCCAAAAGUUAAAGCGGCAAUAAAUAUUGCAUCUGGAACCGCACUUAUCGUUGUUAUAGUUAUAUUAACGGUUAUUAAUAUUAUUAGGAAUAUUCGCCUUGCCUAUAAAGUGAUCAAAGGUGAUGAUCCAGCUUUUUUUGGUGAUGAUGGGGAUGAAUUCGACUCCUUAUCAUUUUCUUAUUCUUAUGAUUAUUCUACUACAGAAUAA